UGGUAUGAUUUACCUGGGGCUUCCCUUUUGUUUCUGUCUGACCUAAUCAGUAAUAAGGGGGUGGGUCGGCUUUGCCUGCACGUCUUUGUUGAUAUUCCAUGAGUGGACAGGAAACAAGGAAACAUGGCCAAAGAACUGUUUUUGAGCUAUGGCCGAGAGCCUGAGGUUAUCUCCUUUGUCAAGCAGCUGAAGUAUGACCUACAAGCAAAUGGUUUCUCAGUGUGGCUUGAUACAGAGGACAUUACAGCAGGCUGUGACUGGCAUGCCGCCAUAGGAACGGGCCUGGACAAAUGCCAAGCUCUUAUUGCAGUCAUCUCUAACAAGUACAUCAUGUCUCGAUACUGCAAGAGCGAGCUGUACACAGCUAAUGGUGACCAGAAGCACAUCUUCCCUGUUAUUGUGGAGAACGUGGACUUUAGUGGCACUGAAAGAGCUAGAGGAGUUAAGUAUGUUGUCUCUGGUAUCAACUGGACUAUGUUUCGCCCUGGCUAUGACGAUUAUCAAACCUCGUUGACCAAGCUCAUCACUGGAAUGAAGGAGCAUGGUCUAGGCCCAGUAGUAGAGGGGGCAGGACUGGAUGGCGCCCUUCUCAACAAAAUGUCGCAGCUUCAAGUGACCCCCUCUGCCCCGCCACGCCCCUCUUCUCCAAACCCUGGGUACUCGGCACCAUGCCCCCUCCCCUCGUCACCAGCUAACCCCAGCUACACGCAGACCACACCCACUGGAUAUUCUCCUACGUACCCACCGUCACCAGCUAACCCCGGCUACACGCAGACCACACCCACUGGAUACACUCCGACGUACCCACCGUCACCAGCUAACCCGGGCUAUCCACAAACCACGCCUCCUGCUCCGUACACCACACCCCCACAUCCAGCACAGUACACCCACCACCCAGGUUACUCCCCGUCUCCCCAUGGCCAGCCAUAUCCUGGUGGAUACUACACUAGCCCCUCUGGUGGGUAUGUGCCCCCCAUGCAGUACCCCCCAGGACAGUACUACCCACCCCCCACAAGUGGAUAUCCUGGCUACCCCCCACAACCUCCCCCGAAUGCAUUAGGCGUGUCCCCGGGUAUUUCUCAGGAGUUUCCCCCUCAAUAUAGACAGCUGUUCCCUCCCGGAGAGUCAGUUGAUGGUGGAGAAGCUGAGCCAACUCCGAACAAGACACGGGAGAACUUCAAGGUUGGUAUGAAACUGGAGUCUGUGGACAGGAGGUUCCCUUACUUUGUGUGUGUGGCUACCGUCAUGGACAGGAAUGCUGAUGAGCUGAUGGUCCACUUUGAUGGUUGGGGUCCGGAGUACAACUACUGGUGCUCCCGGAACUCAGUGGAGCUCCAUCCAUCCGGAUGGUGUCAGAAAUACAGCUGGGAUCUGCAGAAACCUCUCAAUCAGGAGUGGGACGGUUGGUCCUCCUAUCUCACUGAGACUCAGUCGGAGGCAGCUGGAGAUCAUCUGUUCUCAGAGGGUCAGCUGGCUGGUCCCGAGAGUCUCCUCUUCUCCCCCGGCAUGCGAGUGGAGGCUAAGGAUACGACUAAACCCUCGGUCAUGUGUGUGGCUACCAUUAAGGAGGUCAGUAGAGGGAAGGUGUUGGUGCACUAUGAUGGAUGGGGGGAGGAGUGGAACUUCUGGUGUGAUGCUGGCUCCACUGACAUACACCCUCCAAUGUGGAGCGGAAAGAACGGGAAAAGAGUGACCCCUCCACUAGGGUAUAGAUGUAUCGAUCAGUUCAAGUGGAGUGAGUAUCUGGCAAGUGAAAGGGUUAACCCAGCACCAGCACAUCUCUUCAAGGAGGAGCAAAUCUCAGCCGAUGGUCGUCGUAUCUCCGUCAAACCGUCUGCGGGAGCUACUUUAAAUGGCUUCCAGAUCGGCAUGAAGCUAGAGGCUAAGGACAGGCUCCACCCAACCGUGAUUUGCGUGGCAACAAUCAAAGACAUCAAGGAUGGACAGCUACUAAUCAAGUUUGACAGUUGGACCUCAAAGUAUGACUACUGGUGCAAACCGAUAUCCAAUGACAUACACCCUAGCGGCUGGUGUCAGGCGAACGGGAGACAAAUCAACCCCCCAAAAGGAUACAUGGAGAGUUUUGAUUGGAGCCGCUAUUUGAAGAGCCAGUCAGCAACUGCAGCUCCAGAUGACCUGUUCACAAAGGACCAAAGAGCAGUUUCAACCCCGCCAUCGCAAGUGUCGUGUAGCUUACAAUUCAAGGCAGGCAUGAAACUAGAAGCCAAGGACAGGAAGAAUCCGACAAUGGUGUGUGUGGCCACCAUCAGUGAAGUCAAGAACGGCCAGCUACUGAUCCAUUUUGAUGGUUGGACCUCAAAGUACGACUACUGGUGUGAUCCUACCACUCCUGACAUCCAUCCCAUCGGCUGGUGUCAGGCACAGGGACAUCCCCUUCAACCCCCUCACCAUCACUCUGGCUCCUUUGAUUGGAUGGACUAUCUCUCCAGUACUACGUCCACUGCUGCUCCUAGUCACUUGUUCUCAGAUGUCCAUACUCCCGUAGCCAAGUCACCACAAUCCAGUGUUGUUAAUCAGUUCAAGCCAGGCAUGAAGCUAGAAGCCAAGGACAGGAAGAAUCCGACAAUGGUGUGUGUGGCCACCAUCACCGAAGUGAAUAAUGGCAAAUUAUUGAUCCACUUUGACGGAUGGACUAACGCUUAUGACUACUGGUGUGAUCCUACCACUCCUGACAUCCAUCCCAUUGGCUGGUGUCAGGCACAGGGACAUCACCUUCAACCCCCUCGCCGUCACUCCGGCUCUUUUGAUUGGACGGACUAUCUCUCCAGUACUGCGUCCACUGCUGCUCCUAGCCACCUGUUCUCAGAUGUCCAUACUCCCGUAGCCAAAUCACCACAAUCCAGUGUUGUUAAUCAGUUCAAGGCAGGCAUGAAGCUAGAAGCCAAGGACAGGAAGAAUCCGACAAUGGUGUGUGUGGCCACCAUCACUGAAGUCAAGAACGGCCAGCUACUGAUUCACUUUGAUGGUUGGUCCUCAAAGUACGACUACUGGUGUGAUCCUACCACUCCUGACAUCCAUCCCAUCGGCUGGUGUGCCUCUCACCACCACCACCUGCAAAUUCCCAAUGGGUAUCAUCGCUCGUUCUCCUGGGACACCUACCUGAAUGAGUGCUGGCAUGAGUCAGGUUCAGUGGCUGCUCCUAAAACUGCUUUCACAACAGAACAGUGUUAAAUCUAAAAUCACCUUUUUUUAUUUCAAUGUGCAUGCAAUUUUGUGAUAGGCUAUAGAUGAUGAUAGACCUGAACAACAUUGGUUGUGUUUCGUGUGUGCCCUCCAAUUAACAUUGCCUUUGCUCAUCAAUGCAAUGUAAUUUAA